AUGGUCGACGCGCCAUCGUCACCGGGAGUAGCACCGGAUCCCGACGCGCUGACCGACAAGCUCGCGGGGGUCAUGGCGGUCAACUCGCUGUCCGCGGAGUCGAUGCUGGCGAGAUUUUUCACGGAUGACACGUUGGGCGCUCACCUCGCCGCCGCGUACGGGAAGAGCGGCAAGGGUAACCCGGCGACGCUCGCGGCGAGGCUCGUGGCGCAGUGGAAACCACGCACGCGUGACGCGUGCGCGGGCGGCGGCGGCGCGAAGAAACGGAAGAACGAGGAUGAUCACGUCGGGGAAGAGGCGGCGACGGAGGAUGGCGGCGGGGGCGGCGAAGGAUGCGUAGCGAAGGAGGACGACGACGAAGAGGGAAGGGAAAAGACGAAGGUUUGGAAGAGGGACGACGACGACGACGAGAGGGAGGAGACGCGCGCGCCGCCGCCGAAAAAGCGUUUCCAUCACGACCGAGCCUAG